ACUCAUGCACAUAACUCCUGUUGACAACAUCCUCUGACCUCGCCAGGAAACCUGUCCCUUUUUUGUAUUUUUCAAGGCUGCAAGGAUCUAACAUGAAGCCCAAAUCUUUGCAAAGACUGUUUGACAGGAAUUCAGCCGAGGCUUUUGGUCAGGCAGCAAAAUACAGGCGGCAUGUUGAUCAUGAGGAGCAGUCGUCCUGUGAGGAAACAGCCGAAGAUGGAGAAGAAAAGAAGGAGCAGAGAGGAACGCCAUUUGCUUUUCAGCAAGAGAAGUAUGAACAAUUAAUGGAUGACGAUGCCAAGGAGGAGAGGAAAAAGAAGAAAAAAGAAAACUACAAAAAAGUGAAGAAGAAUGUUGGAAAAGCUCUUCGCAUCACCUGGAAGUGCUUUAUGCUUGGUCUCUACAAUUUUGCCCUUGGUUAUGCUGCCCCCGUCACAGUGACUGCUGCUUUUGGGCCGGACUCUAACCUUGGGAUAAACAGGACCUGAGCAGAGCGGCGUGGAUUUUUCCUGAUUUUUUUGAAAUUCUGCUGCAUAAAUGUACCAUUAUCCUGCAGAAACUGACCAAAGACUUUGCUCUUUCUAUGUUUUUUUUUUUUUAAUAGGCAUAAGUUGACUUUAUCACAGUGUACAGGUCAGAAAAAAAUAGUCUAUAUUUAGCCUUUCUGUCUAUACCAGAAUUUUAAUCAAAAAUCAUCAGUCAUUAUAAAAACUUAGAGGGUUUUUUCUAUUAAUUUUAAAAGUAAUGCAGGUGGAGUGUGGAUGUGUGCCAAAGGAAAAUUGCAUGUCAAGUGGGACUUUAACCAUUUUUGAUGCAUUUUUAGACGAAAAUAGGAAAAUGUAAAAUUGUUUUAAAGGAAUAUUAAAAUGUGAUACUUUGUUUGGAAAGGAUUCAUAAAACUGAAUGAACAUGUUUUAUUUCAUGAAUAGAUCUCUGUAUUUAUAUAAAUUUAUAGUUAAAGCACUUUCCAAACAGUGUUCUGUUUAAAUUCAAUAACUAAGCAAAAUAUUUUUUUUAUGUUUUAUUUUAUUAUUUUGACAAAACUUCCGGAAAUUUGGUGAAACUUCCGGAAGAUGUGCGGACGUCAUUCCACUUCCGCCGCUUUUCUUCCGUGUUCAUAUUUCAUUAAUAGGCUGUUCUCGCUGCUCCUUGACAAUUACCAGACAUAAUGGAAGAUAAGACAGAAAAUAUUAGUUCUAUUCCCAUCGACGGAUUCAGUAAUUUAAGGAUAACUUCGAUAUGGACAUUUCUACUUUCUGUGCAGUGGUCCGAGCCUUGGCUCAUUGGGCUUCUGCUGUUUCAUCUGUUGUGUUUGCUUUUGACUGUGGUGACCUGCAAGUAUUAUAAAGCUCAGAUCUGCCACUUCCUGCUCCUCGUUGGCCUUGUUUAUUGUGCUGAAUAUCUGAAUGAACUGGCAGCCAUGAACUGGAGGGCCUUUUCAAAUUUCCAGUACUUUGACUCCAAGGGAAUGUUCAUUUCAUUAGUCUUUUCCAUCCCUCUUCUAUUUAAUGCCAUGAUCAUUGUGGUGGUGUGGGUGUACCGGACGUUUUCCACCAUGACCGAACUGAAAACACUUCAGCUGAAGAGAGAGGCUCAGCGACAGAAAAGACAGAAGGAUGACUGACUCUUCUCCUAAAGGAGAAUCUUAGGAUCUCUCUUCUGCUAAUCGCUUAUAUUGCUGUUGUCUUUUUUUGGGGACUUGAAAAUGAAUUUUCUGCUCUUUCAAAGUUGAUAUGAAACAAUGCUGCUAUUAUUUGGGAAGUGGAGUUAUGGAGACCAAAAGAUGUUUAUAGUUUUCUUUUUUCAUUAUUCUUUUGUGUGUUAAACUUAAGAUAAAGGUCCUUUUUUUAUGGAA